AUGGAAGAUAAUUCUUCUAGCGAUGACGAAGUAAACGAUUCUCCUUUAAGCCCGAAACUGGGUGGUAAAAAGCUAAAAUUAAACGACGGAAGCUCCCAUGAUAGCAUUAAAGAUGCAGCCUCGGGUGAAAAAACUGAUAAGGAUGAGGUAGUGGACAGUGGAAUAUCAGCUGAUAAAUCGGAGAGUACAAGCAGUGAUGAUCGUUUAUCUGGAUGUACUUCAGGCCCAUCAAAUGAAGUAGUAAAUGUUGGGCCAUCAGGCAGCAAUGUGAGAGCCAUAUUGCUUAACAUUCGUCAGCCAAAGCGAGGAAGGAACUACAGGAAGAGGAAGACACCAGAUAGGGAUUCUGACAAUAAUGAUUCAUCCAGAGAUUCAGAUGAUUUGUCCGCUGAAGAGAUUCUUCAGCCCUCUAGAGAGACUGACAAUACAUCAGAUGGAGAUAGUGAUGAUUUGCAACAGUUCUUGACAUCAUUCUCAGAUGGGUCACCAAGUGUGUCCGACAGCAGUGAUAGCAGCAGCAGCUCUUAUAGCAACUACAGCUUCGACAGCAACGACGUGGUGCGGUUCCAGUCGAUUGAGACCAGCGAGGACGAGGGCGUGUGGUCCCGCUCCAACGCGGUGAACGACGAGGAGAUGACCGGCACGCCGCCGGCGGUGCUGCUCAAGCCGCGGCCCAAGCACAACUACUUCAUUUUGAGGGAGAUAAUUAACCGCGAGAUGGGCCUGACAUUUCCCUGCGGUAAAACGGCGCAGAGCGACCUAGCGUUCGAGCAGAAGUUCUACGGGUCCCUUCACGCCGUCUACCGCCUGAAGAAACUGCACACACUGAACAAGCACGGCGGAUGCGUCAACUCGAUAAAUUUUCAUCCGGAGGGCCAUCUACUGGCGUCGGGGUCGGACGACACGAACGUGGUGGUGUGGGACUGGGCGCGCAACCGCGCCCUCCAGACAAUCAAGACCGGCCACAAGUCGAACGUGUUCCAGAGCAAGUUCCUCCACCUGAACGCGCGGAGUCAGCUGAACAUCGUGACUUGCGCUAGGGAUGGCCAGGUGCGGCUGCUGCAGUGCGCGCCCAGCGGCGGCGGCUCGGGCGCGGGCGUGGCGCGGCGCCGGCUCGCGUCGCACUCGCGCGCCGCCCACAAGCUGCACGUGAGCGCGCGCGCGCCCCACGAGGUGCUCUCGGCGGGCGAGGACGGGCUCGUGGUGCUGUCGGACGUGCGCGCCGACAGGGCCACCAGGCUGGUGCACGUGAAGGAGCAGGGCUCGACGGUGCCGCUGUACAGCGUGGCGGGUCACCCGACCGACUCGCACCUGCUGCUCGCCGGCCGCGACCGCUUCCUUCGCGUCUACGACCGCCGCCAGCCGCAGCGGCCCCUCGCGCUCUACUGCCCCACGCACUUCUUGCAGGUGACGCCCCUCCGCCGACUCUUUCUCGGGGAAGUUGUUGACCAUACA